GGAAAUGUGAAACAACAUGGCGCUCUUCUCAAGGCACGUUGCUAAAACUCUUGCUAAUCUUAACAGGAAAGGCCAUGCAGUGAGUGACGUAGCAGCGUUCUGCAGAUGUUUUGGCAGCAGUUCUGGUGCGGAUGAUCUUCGUGUUCGUUAUUUAGAAGGUGACUACUCAGGAGUGGUGGUUCUUGCAUUAAAUCGGCCAGAGGCAAAGAAUUCCUUCAGUCGAAAUAUUGUACAGUUGCUUAAAGAUGCAGUAUCAUCAAUCACUUAUGACAGGAAUGCCCGAGUGGUCAUACUCAAAAGUGAUGUACCUGGAGUAUUUUCAGCAGGGGCUGACUUGAAGGAGCGUGCCAAGAUGAAGCCCAGCGAAGUCGGGCCGUUUGUCAGCAAUGCACGCAAGCUGAUCACGGACAUCGGAGAGAUGCCCAUGCCUGUCAUCGCAGCCCUGGAUGGGGUGGCACUAGGCGGAGGCCUGGAGCUCGCCUUGUCAUGUGAUAUGAGGUUAGCAGCAAACACAGCCAAGAUGGGUCUUGUAGAGACACGCCUUGCCAUCAUUCCUGGAGGAGGUGGAACCCAGCGUCUUCCUCGUCUCGUCAACCCGGCCAUUGCCAAGGAGCUGAUCUUCACGGCUCGCGUGUUUGACGGGGCAGAGGCAGAGCGACUGGGCGUGGUCAAUCGGGCGGUGGAGCAGAACGAGCAGGGAGACGCCGCCUAUAUGGCGGCAUUGGAUUUGGCCAAGGAGAUCACACCACAAGGCCCCAUAGCUAUCAAAAUGGCUAAAGCUGCAAUUAACAGGGGUUUGGAGGUGGAUUUGACAUCAGGAAUGGAGUUUGAGAGGACUUACUAUGCCCAGGUUAUUCCAACCAAAGACAGAAUCGAAGGCUUGACAGCAUUCAAGGAAAAGCGGACUCCCAACUACACAGGCGAAUAAAAUGCGACAAACCUGGGAAAAGCUGAUACUCUGCCAUGUGAUAUGAUCAUAUUUUUCCACAACACAACAUUUUGGGCAACAUUUCUUUAGAAAGAUUCCCUCUGGCAUUUUCAGGAGUGUUCAGAAGUUUACUCUCCAGGACUAGAUUGAAGAAAUAUGGAAACCUGAUACGAUUUUAUUUCACGAAGGCAAUAAACCACUUCUUGCUGAAAACUCUUGUUCUUUGCUGCUCUUGUUGGCUCUUUGUGUUUAGCAAAGAGAUUCAUAAGACUUGAUGAUAACAAAAAAAGGGUUCAUAAUCCAUGCAGAACUGUCAUUUCCCUGUUCAAAUCCUGUUUGUGCUUUACAUCAAUCAUUAUAGGCGGUCAGAUUAAUGUAUGCAUCCUUAGAGACCAGAGAAGUUAUGUACUUUUUUCUGUGAGUGCAUGUAUAACAGGGAUCUUAUUUAAAUUAUGAAAAGUUUUUGCAUCGUCACAAGAUAGAGUCAUUCUUCUUGUAAUAAAACAUGAGAAUAAUAAAAGGACAGAAUCAGUCCAGAAGUUAUUGUAA